AUGCCUAGUGCAGAUGGCCUCCCAUGCUUCAGUGUACAGUGCCUCUGGGUAUGGAUGCUGUGCAGCCGAGUGAUGUGGGCACUCCCACCUGAAGCCAUUGGCUUCUUGUCUGCAGUUGGGAUCUUUAUUGUUCUUCUGGCUGUCCUGUUCCUCUUCAUCAACAAGAAGCUAUGUUUUGAAAAGAUAGGAGGCCCUCCAUUCUUGGAACAACAAGGGAAAAGAAAGCACUCCAAAGACAAGACUGGGACCUGCGAAGGGCUGGUUAACAGCUUUGGAGAUGAUGAAGAGCUGUGCACAUCUUCUGACUCUGAUGAGGAGGUGAUCAAACAAUUUGAGAUUUCUGUGUCCCGGUCCCAGAGUUUCCGUUCCAGAGCACCCGAGAAAGGCAAGCAGACAGGCUUGGAGCAGAAACCAAAACUGCGCCGCUUGCUCUCUGCCAGCAAAGAGGACAGCGCACAGGUGUCCGCCCGUGAAGAUUUGGAUGGAGCCAGCCACCUGAAUUAUUCUGAGAACCUGUCUUACGGUGAAGAGGACCCCAUCUCUGCCCCCUCACAGUCCCCGUGUGAGGCGGGCAAUACCAGGCACCAGGGUGCACAUCCCCAGGAGACCAGCGUGGUGCGCAGCCUCCGCCGCCAGUCCACGGAGGGCAGCUUGGAGACGGAGACUGCUUUCAAUAACCGGGGGCUCGAAGACUCCUAUGCCACUGACAGCUCCUCUGUGUGGAGUCCAGAGGAGCAGGAUGGGGCCAAUUUUCAGGUGCCAUCUGGGGUCCCAGAGCCCAUCUCAAAAUGCGGUGAUCUGGAUGCCAUCUUUGAAUAUAGAGCUGCCAGCCAGAAACUCACAGUGACCAUUGUGAGAGCACAAGGCCUCCCUGAUAAGGACCGAAGUGGCAUCAACUCCUGGCAAGUUCACGUGGUCCUGCUGCCCAGUAAGAAACAGAGGGGCAGGACAAGCAUCCAGAGAGGGCCCAACCCUGUCUUCAAGGAGAAGGUCACCUUUGCCAAGCUGGAACCCAGAGAUGUGGCUGCCUGUGCCAUCCGCUUCCGCCUCUACGCUGCCCGCAAGAUGACCCGUGAGAGAAUGAUGGGAGAGAAGCUGUUCUAUCUCAGCCACUUGCACCCAGAAGGGGAAACGAAAGUGACUCUGGUUCUGGAGCCAAGAAGUAACAUCAGUAGUGGAGAGUCUCCGCUCAGCCCAUCUGCCGUUUCUCACAGUGAUAGUGCUUCAUCCACGCAGUCGCUGUCUCAUGGAGGGACGCCAGAGCUGUUGGUGGGGCUGUCCUAUAAUGCCACAACGGGGCGAUUAUCUGUGGAAAUGAUCAAAGGCAGCCAUUUCCGAAACCUCGCUGUGAACAGAGCUCCUGAUACAUAUGGAAAACUCUUUCUCCUCAAUUCUGUGGGUCAAGAGAUGUCCCGCUGCAAGACAUCCAUUCGACGUGGUCAGCCCAAUCCUGUCUAUAAGGAGACGUUUGUUUUCCAGGUGGCCCUCUUUCAGCUCUCUGAUGUCACAUUGAUGAUUUCCAUUUAUAACAGGCGUACUAUGAAGCGUAAAGAGAUGAUUGGUUGGAUUGCCCUGGGCCAAAACAGUAGCGGAGAGGAAGAACAAGACCAUUGGGAGGAAAUGAAGGAGACCAAAGGCCAGCAGGUCUGCAGGUGGCAUAGUUUGCUUGAAUCCUAGGUUUAUCAACAGGUGUCUAUAUGCUACGUCCACUCUGGUGGCCCUAGGUGUUGGCUCCCAACAUCACUCAGUGUACAGCUGGCAGGCUUUUUAAAGACAGGCUUUCAAAUAGGGAUUGAAUUCCACUAACC